UUAGGCGCACACGGUCGCGUGCCGGCACACGGCCCAGACGUUUGUUCGCCAUAAAGUUGUUUCGUUACAACACUGCAAGCAGCGUGGUUGACGACGGCAAACAUUUCCAAACGUUUACUUGACGGCUAAUUUUUUUUAUUUGUGUUUUUCGCGAUUUCCAUAAAACAUAGAUUUUCGAAAAAAUAAUAAAUAGCCGUAAAAAAAAAGUCGGCCUGUCCAAUAUUCUCAAAUUGUAACAACAAUAUCAUUGAAAUAUAUUGCGAAAGUAGUAAACGAUUGGAGAUUGAUAUCGUUAAAUUCGAUGGCACAUAAGCUAAAGCAUAUCAGCUAUCAGCUAUUGUUGAUAUUAAUCAUAUCUCAAUCAAUAGAUGCAAUGUAUCUCAGUUAUCGCCACGAUAAUAAAAAAAGCAUAUCUUAUGCAGGACCGGUUACAAAAGAUAAUAUUUUGGAUUACUACGAUGAAAGUAAUGAACGACUUAAUACACAAGGAAUUAAUGACCGUCGAUUUCAACACAGCGUAGCUGCAUUACGACAAUCAGAAACCGAAGGUCAAUUUGACGAAACAGAAUUUUUUGAAGAAUCCGAUGAAGGCGAAGAAGAACAAGACGAUCCGGUGAGUACUGUGGUCGUGACGGCAGUUCGAGGAUCAGCAACUUGGCUACCAUGUGACAUUGGUGGUGGUAGUGGAAGCCAUAACAACCCGUUACUUUCAUCACCGAAAAACGUCAAUGGUGUUGGUGAGAAAGGUGAAGACAGAGCUUACAUGGUCUUAUGGUUUAAAUAUCAUUCUCGUCAACAGUCUAUUCGCCAUCAUCGAAAUAAUAAGCCAAAUAGGUUACCUUCUGGAGGAAAACCAAUUUACAGUUUUGAUAUACGUGGUCGUCCUUUGGCUAGUGCUCUAAAAUGGUCUUCGGAAGAACAAAAUGGAGGUUUUGGCUCUAGAGCAUUGUUUGUGGUUUUUAAUGGAGCUGGUGGAUUGUUGGAGCGAGGCAUGUUUUCAAACAGCAGUGAUUUAUGGCAACGAGAAAAUGGUAUAAGUCUAUCUUACUCGGAAAAAGAAACAAGCGUAAAUUACAAUAAAAUUGGCGGAGCUGCUCUUAGGGUUGUCAAUAUCACAGAACAGGAUGGCGGAGCAUACAGAUGUAGGGUAGACUUUAAAGAUGCUCCUACAAGAAACUACAGAAUAAUAUUACGGGUUAUAGUGCCUCCAGAUAAAAUGUCGAUAGCAUAUGAUACAGGCACACUAAAGGCAGAUAUAACAGAAAUUGAUGAUGACCAGAACGAAGUAGGGCCUAUUCCGGAAGGUAGUUCUUUGGUAUUGACGUGCAUUGUCCGAGGAGGAAAACCAAGACCUCACGUUCAAUGGUAUUCUAUUGUGGAUAGUAAGAAAUUUAUUUUUAAUGAGAUUGUUAAUUCUGUAAGUGAUGAAACCUUCGAUUCUGAUGGAUCAUUAAUGACUGUUAAAAAAUUGACUAUCAAACAAUUGAACAGAAAUCACGCAAAUAGCUCAUAUAUGUGUAGUGCAGGAACCGAACAUGUUUUAGAAUCAACAUUACGAAGGGCCGUCAGCAUAAAUAUAUAUUUGAACGUACAAAGGGUACGCGUAUUAAAAAUACUAUCAGUGGAAUCGUCUGCACCAGUAGAAACAAUGCCUAAUGAUAAUCAAGAAAUUGACAAAAAAGGGUUGGUGCAAUAUAAUUUAGUAGCCGGUAAAUGGUAUACGGCCGAAUGCCAAUCAGAAGGAGCAAGUCCCAAGGCUAAUAUUCAGUGGACAAUAGAUGGAAACAGUACUCAAAUUGUAACUGUUGACGAGGCUGCUUCUCAGUCUGCUACAAGAUUGACAAUAAUAAAACAAUCUGGAGACAGUAGCACUAUAAGGUUGAGGCCUAUGCCGAGUGAUGACGGACGGUAUUUACGAUGUCGAGCAUGGAAUCCCGAUGUUAAUACUACCAACGACAACAUUAUAAAAAGCGAUGCGGUGCUAAUGAAUGUCCUAUAUCCUCCAAUUGUUAAGCUCAGUUUGGGUCGUACUUUUGAUCCCCGUAGGAUCAAAACUGGAGAUGAUGUAUAUUUUGAAUGUGCUGUAUCCAUGAACGAUGGUGGUGGUAGAGGUGUAAAACGAAAUCGCAAUAAAAUAGAAUGGUAUCAUGAUGGACAACCGAUACUGCAAAAUAGUAGUAGUAACAGUGGUAGUUCAGAUAUCACAAAUGUACUUCUGAGUACGGGAACUUUAGUUAUUAGAAAUGUCAAUCGUCGUCAUUCGGGAAAGUAUACUUGUCAAUGUAGCAACGAGCUAGGAAUUGGACGGUCGCGUCCAGUGCAGUUACGUGUUCGAUAUGCUCCGACAUGUGCUGACGAAAACGAUAGUAGACGCCCAAAGUUGGUAGGUGUUGAAGGUAUUGGUGAAACAAACGUGCAUGUAACUUGUCGAGUAAGAGCCGACCCUGAUGAUCAAGUGCAGUUUGACUGGCUCGUAUGGCCUGGUGCCGUCUCUGCUGGUUCCGCAAUCGGUACUGCUAGUAUACAUCAGCAUCACCAUCAUUACCCUAACAAUCAAAACACAGGAGCUAGCGCAUCAAUGGCAGACAGUUACGUGACGACCGCUUUAUCCGAUACGACCAAAAAUGACACUGCAAUGACAAUGAUAGCUUAUGGCCAGCUAGUCUUAAAAGUAAGCAUUUCACAUGAUUCAGCACAGGACAUUUACAUGAUGGACAGGGCGAAUACGAUGGUAAGCAAUCAUUUGAAAGGAUCGUCAAACGGAGAGUCGCAAGUACUCAAUACAGUCAGCUGUCAAGCAACCAACUCGGUCGGACGUCAAUUGAUGCCUUGUAUUUAUUACCUAGUCCGAGCGUCGGCCCCUUCUGCGUUGACAAAUUGCGUGGUUAAAAUGCCCAAAGACCACGAUCUCCACUAUAACCAAGACAGUCAUCGAAACCAGCAGAAUAUCGACUCUAGAAAAAGUAAUAAUGAUUCUGCCAUAGUAAGUUGUAACGCUGGGAGCGAUGGUGGGAUGAAUCCAGUAAUGUACGCUCUUGAAGUUUAUGAAGGUUUACUGUUGAUCUCUUCGUACAGAAAUUACGGCGAAAGUAUAACUAGUGAUGAUUAUGAGCAGACUCGUCGCCGUCACAAUGAAUGGUUAGUUGGUAAUGUUACCGGUGUUAUGGUAGAAGAUAAUCGAGUAGAAUACACCAUUAGUCGUAAACUUUUGCAAUUGAAAAUUGGCGAUAGCGAUAACCGCAGGUAUUUAAGUUUGUCUGCUUACGCUGUCAAUCGGAUGGGCCGUAGUCCUGAUGUGCGAAUUGGCGGCGAGAACACCAUAUCUCUUAGACAUCCUUGGUGGUGGAAUGGCGGAAACGAAGAGAUCAGCACGAAAAUAGCUAUUUCCGGCACUACCUCAACUGAAUGGUGGAUAAUGUUAGGUGGUGGCGAUAAUGGAGUUGGUGGUAAUCGAAGAAAUAAGAACAAUUACAUAAGCGGUGAAACAGCAACUACAGGCGUUGUGCUAAUUACUGUAGGAACUAUCGUUGUGGUUUUUGUGUUAUUUUUACUACUUAGGAAAAAAGGAGAGAAUCGAUCUUUAGCAGUAGAAACAACCGUAAGUUCCAAUCGAAUGGUGAUUAAUGGGAAUGGUGAAACACAAUGUGCCAAUGGAACCAGUAAAAAAUACUCUUUGCUUUCCCAACAACAAAAUGUUUAUCCACACCUUGACUUGGAUGGGAGACAUUGCGACGCACCGGACGUCACUAUCCAACAGGAACUAAACAAGCCGUGUUUCGUGUCGAUCACAAACAACGGUAUACCUGGGCCAGAAAGCUGUGUAUAAAAAAUAGUAUUUCGGCCAUAAAUUUAUUUUGGCGCAUUGUUGCAUCGACUGAAAUUACUUAGUAUAGAGCUCAAUAUCGUUUAAACGAAGAGAUGUUUGCGUCUUCCUAAAAAUAAUUUUGUUACUGUUUUUAUAUGUGUUGUAUGUGACGUAUCUCUAUUUAUUUAGUUAUGAUUUCGUUGUUUAAUUAAUGUAUUUCAUCACACACUUAUUGGUUUCUAAGCAAAAACAAAAAACUAAGUUAUAAACUCCGGUAUAUUAUUAAAUUGAAAUCAAAUUUCUUGAAAAAGAUCAUACUGUUUUCAUCUACAACUUAGAAAUAUUAUAAAAUAUAUGAUUAACCAGUGAAAUAAUUAUUAAUUUCAUCGCCUUUUUGAAAAUGUAUGAAAAUUUACAAUUUUCUAGAAAUAUAAUAUAAAUGAUUAAAAAAUUAUAGGUAUAAGCUAUUUAAGAUAUGAAUUUUUUUGAGUAUUAUUUUCAAAUUAUUUCAGUAUUAUGUUACAUUAUGUUAUACAUUUUUUGAAAUUAUGAGUUUUUAAUUGUAAUAUUCGUAUAAGGUUGAAAUAUACAUGCAAAAAUAAAUUAAGAAUUCAUAAAUUGUUUAAAAAUUAUACACGACAUGGAAGUAUUGCCCUAAGUUGUUGUAUCAAUUCGUAAUAUUAAAUGUUUUAAAAAAUGUUAUUGUUGUUAAUCAAUGUUUUGGUAGUACAGGCUAUACUUAAAUUUUAUGAAUAAAUAUAUUAAUGUUAUCAGUAUUCAGUUAAGUUUUGUUAUUGUCCCAAUGACAAUAAGAUAGAUAGCGUUUUUAAUUAUGAUGUGACAAAUUUAAAAUUUAUUAAAUUUAACAAAAACCAAACAAUGCUUAACUCAAGAUCAAGCCAAAUUACUUCAAAUUCGAAGCUCGUUUUAUUAAGUUUUUAGUUUGGAAAUUAAUCAAAAAAUUACACCCGAAUCUCGGUUUGAAAUCUGUUAAAGUUUAAAAAGUUAUUAAAGUUAAAAAUCGAAUCGAUUAUACUUAGUCUAAUAACAACCAUUUUGUAGUUACUUUUUGUCACGGAAGAGUGUAUGAGUGUUAUUUAAUAUAAAAUAUUGGUAGAGAAAUUCAUUUGAAACUAUUUUUUUUGUAAAUAUGUUCAACUAUUGUGUAAUUUAACUAGAUGUAUGCAUGAAAUGUUACUUUAAUUAAUUACUGUUGUAAUUUAAGUUGCAUCAAUGUUUAGUAAAAUAUUUAUAAUACAAUUUAAUUUUUGCAUAUAAUGCAAGUAAUAUUGAUACAAAACAAUC